ACUUUCAUCCAAUAUACAAGUAAACGUGUCGCGUAGGCGUCCAUGAACGGUUCACGGUGAUUUACUUGUUGCGAAUUUAUAUAAACUAGUGAAUACAGAUCAUACUAUGUGGGUUUUCCGAUUACUCAAAUGUGAAUUUAAUACACCCCCUUUAUCAACGAUACGCACUGUUCCGUCCACGAUUCGUUUCAUAAGUACGUUGAAGGGGAAGAUAAUCGCCAUCAGGAGGGAGGAUCAAUCGGUAUGGGAAAGAAGGGCACCCCUGGCGCCAGCGAACGUUCGUCGACUGAUUAGAGCAGGCGUGAAGGUCCUCAUACAGCCCAGCAACAGAAGAGCCUAUCCUGCCCAAUCCUACCAAGCUGCUGGUGCACUGUUGCAAGAAGACAUCAGUUCUGCCUCGGUCAUCUUCGGAGUGAAGCAGGUUCCUGUGGAUCAACUGUUAUCCAACAAAACCUACUGCUUCUUUUCUCACACAAUCAAGGCCCAGGAGGGCAAUAUGCCACUUUUAGAUGCCAUUCUCGAGAAGAAUAUACGUUUGUUGGACUACGAAAAAUUAACCGAUCUUAAUGGACAGAGGGUUGUCGCUUUUGGAAAGUAUGCUGGCGUUGCUGGCAUGGUGAAUAUAUUGCAUGGGCUGGGCUUGAGGCUGUUGGCUUUGGGACAUCACACUCCGUUCAUGCACAUUGGGCCAGCGCACAAUUACAGGGACUCGGCCAUGGCACGACAAGCCAUAAGAGACGCGGGCUACGAGAUAGCCUUGGGUGCCAUGCCUAAAUCCAUCGGACCCUUGACUUUUGUCUUCACUGGCAGUGGGAACGUCAGUCAAGGGGGCCAAGAACUCUUCCAGGAACUCCCCCAUGAAUACGUACCUCCAGAAAUGCUGAAGAAAGUGGCUGAGCACGGUGACACAACAAAGAUAUACGGUUGCGAGGUAAGAAGAAGGCACCACUUGGAGAGGAAAGAAGAAGGGGGUGGGUUCGAUCCAGAAGAGUACGACAAGCAUCCUGAGAAAUAUAUUUCCACUUUUAGCAAAAAGAUUGCACCGUAUGCAUCUGUGAUAAUAAAUGGUAUAUACUGGGCGGUCGACUCGCCGAAAUUGUUAACGCUACCCGAUGCGAAAUACCUGCUGAGGCCUGCUCAUACUCCAUGGUUACCAAUCAGUGUCGGAGCACCUGCUUUACCCCACAGGAUGUUGGCCAUUUGCGACAUUUCCGCGGAUCCUGGGGGCAGUAUCGAAUUCAUGAACGAGUGCACAACGAUCGACACUCCAUUUUGUUUGUACGAUGCCGAUCGUAACAAGGACACAAAGUCGUUCAAAGGGCCUGGUGUGCUAGUGUGUUCCAUCGACAACAUGCCAACUCAACUUCCAAAGGAAUCGACCGACUUUUUCGGGAAUCUCCUGUACCCCUAUGUGCUCGACAUUAUCCAGUCGGACGCGAAGACGCCCUUGGAGGAGCAUCAUUUUAGCCCAGCUGUGCACAGUGCCAUUAUUGCAUCGAAUGGACGAUUGACUGCUAACUUUGAAUACAUUCAGGAGUUGAGGCUUCUGAACAAGCGCAGCAAACACAAGGCAGACAACGUGGAAGCGCAGAAUAAAACAGUGGUUGUCUUGGGCGCAGGGUACGUGUCCGCCCCAUUGGUGGAAUAUUUACACAGAGCCAGCAACAUACGGUUGAUCGUUGCGUCGCAAUUGAAAGAAGAAGCUGACAUGCUAGCAUCAAAAUUUCCUGGAGUGGAAGCAAUUUUUUUGAACGUGCUGGAACGACCUGACACUCUAAAGGACACGAUCGAUUCGGCUGACGUAGUGGUCUCGUUGCUGCCUUACAAUCUGCAUCACGUUGUGGCGAAGGCUUGCAUCAGCACCAAGACUCAUCUGGUAACUGCUAGCUAUUUGAACGAGGACGUCAAGGCCUUGCACGACGAGGCUGUAGCAGCAGAGGUGACCAUACUGAACGAGAUUGGAUUGGAUCCUGGAAUCGAUCAUUUAUUGGCCCUCGAGUGUUUCGACAGUGUGAAACAAGCUGGAGGUAAAAUAGAGUCGUUUGUUUCCUGGUGUGGUGGCUUGCCUGCCCCAGAGUGUUCUUCCAAUCCUUUACGAUACAAAUUCAGUUGGUCCCCUCGUGGAGUGUUGCUGAAUACCUUGGCAUCUGCGAGAUACUACGACGAGCAACAGGUAGUCGAUGUUCCUGCAGGCGGAAACCUAAUGACGCAAGUCCAGGACUUGGACUUUCUCCCUGGGUUCGCUCUGGAGGGCUAUCCGAAUCGAGACAGUACAAUUUACAAGGAUUUUUAUGGAAUUAACUCUGCCAACACAGUAUUACGUGGUACACUGAGAUUCAAGGGGUUCUGCAACACCAUAAGAUCGCUGCAGUAUCUGGGACUGAUCGAUCCCAAUCCUCACCCUAGCUUGCAUCCAAACGGGCCCGAUAUCACAUGGAGGAUGCUGGUAUGCAACUUACUCGGCCUAGCAAAUGGUAACAUCUUCUACGGGAACCUGAAGAGGAAGCUGGCGGAGAUGUUGAACUCGGACGAAGCCGUGCAAGCGAUCGAGGACUUGGGCCUUCUGAAGGAGGACCUGGUGAUGAAGAUGAACACCCCCCUCGACACUCUUACUUAUUACCUCUCGAAGAAGCUCUGUUACGAGGAGAGCGAGAGAGAUCUUGUGAUUCUGAGACACGAUAUUGGCAUCCUUUGGCCUGAUAACAGGAGGGAGAAGAGGGGGAUCAAUUUGGUCCUGUAUGGAGACGUCAAGGGACAUUCUGCCAUGGCUCGUACUGUUGGCUAUCCAGCCGCCAUUGCUGUGAAAAUGAUUCUCGAUGGUGAGAUUCAACAAAGAGGAGUGGUCCUUCCCUUCACAGCAGACAUUUAUCGACCACUGCUCAAUCGCUUGAAAGCUGAGGGCAUCGAAUUUUUCGAAACGUCAAAGUGGCUGUAACUUAUUUCUACUACCAAUUCAUUUUACGAUAUACGAAUAUACUUUGAUAAGGAACGAAUAUUUUAGCGAAUAUUUUACGUAGACUGUUGACGAAUAUUGUUGAUAAGUUUAGAGUCAGCGAUCAACUUAUUUAUGUUUAUUAUGAUACAGUAAUAGUACAAUUAUACUAUAGUAUAAUUUCAGUAUACAUUAUACAUAUAGUGGUAGCGCUAAGAAAUAUUGUUACCGAAUUUAUAGAAUAUGAAUUUGUAAAAAUCGCCAUGGUGUUCAUCCCUUCUCGAAUUAGAAUGAAUUUGAUUAAAUUAUCAGAUGCAAUCAAUAGUUGCAUUUUUCUUUUUCACACACGGCCUAUAGUGUAUAGCGAGCCGCGUGACGUCGCUGGCCCGAGCUGAAUAGAGAGUGAGAGCAGUACAGGCGACACAAUCUCAUCGAACCUCGUUACAUUAGGUUGUGUCGGUGACGUACGUAACAUACAUGACGGUAAGCUUUAAUUUAUUCAUAAACAGUCUGCGAUUGUAGUCCUAUCUGACAUAAUUAAUAUUUCGUACGGAGAAGAGGAAGACGAGCGAAUCUACGAACGUUGUCAGAUGUGGCACGUAAAACGAGGUUGUUGCUAUUUAGACUGCUAUCGUUGGUUUCUUUACGAGAGAAGAGAGGUAAUCUAAUAUCAUUUCAAUUUUGCAGGGAGAAGAGAAGAGAAACAUAAGUGAUCGAAGGCGUUAGCGGAGGUUAUCGGAUUGGAAAAUGUCAAUCGAGGUUAUUCCUUUUUGGAGUGAUUUCUUUAUUUUGAAGACGACUGCAAUUGUAGUGUAGUGUCGGUGAGAUACAGUGUGCGAAUCAGGCUGUGAAACGUAUGAUACAUUGGUUAACAAAUGAAAUUAAGACAAGUUUCUCUAUGCGAUUGGUGUAACUAUGUAUGUUUCGUCGCCUAGGUAUGAGUUAAUCUUUUGCAUUCAAGGCCUUUUCUUUUUUUUUCUCUUUUGUAGUAUGUAUCAAUAACUGUAGAAUGCUUUCUUAGCUUUGUACAAUGUAAAUGCAAAGCCAUGUAUUAGCUUGGAAGUUGUACGAUUGCAAUUAAUUUAACAUUUAAUAAUCAAGUUUCCUUUACCUGUCAAAGAAUUAUACGAUUCAUAAUUGGAAUUACAUUGAAAUAAAAAAAAUAAAAUUAAACCUUGUAAACAU